ACGACCGGACGUUUGUGACAAUUCAAUUAACAAAGCUUUUAAAUUAAAACUCGCAUAACCUAGCUGAUAUGUCAAAUUAUGAAAUUUGAUAUUCGGGCAAUAAUUUUGUAUUUUCAAAAGUUUAAAAGGUUGAAUUCAAUUAAUCACGUACGCUUUAUUUACUCAAUAAACCAACAACUAAUCUGCAAUAGACCAUAUCAACCAAUAUCAUACUCAUUAUUUAGAAAUUGUUCGAAUAAAAAGAUAAACAUGUCCAACAAAGAGGCUAAAGAGGAAUUAAGAAAGAGAUUAACUCCAAUGCAAUAUGAAGUUACACAAAACGCAGGCACCGAAAGGCCAUUUUCUGGGGCGUAUGAUAAGCAUUUUGAAAAAGGAGUAUAUCAGUGUAUAGUUUGUCACCAAGAUUUAUUUUCAUCAGAUACCAAAUAUGAUUCUGGCUGCGGUUGGCCUGCUUUCAAUGACGUUUUAGAUGAAGGAAAAGUACAAUUACGCAAAGAUUUUACCCUCGGAAUGGAGAGAGUGGAAGUUCGUUGUUCUAAUUGCUCAGCCCAUAUGGGUCAUGUUUUUGAUGAUGGACCAAAACCAAAAAGAAAACGAUUUUGCAUUAACUCUGCAGCAAUCGAUUUUGUUCCGGCUCCAAAAUAAUGAUAGUUAAAAUAUUUAAUUUUUUUUUGGUUGCUUAAUUUUAAAGUAUUAAACAUUAUUAAAAACUCA